CACCGGAAGUCUGACGUCGCACAGCAUUAUGUCAAAAAUAAAAAUCUACAUUCGAGGAAGUCAGAAGGUUACUGGAGCUAAAGAUUGAAGAGUGGAAUUAGACAAAUAUUGUCGUUUGUCGAAAAUAACCUCUAUCGAAAACCCCUGAAGACCACUGCAAUGGCCGAGGAAAACAUCUUCCUUUUCGUUCCGAAUUUGAUCGGCUAUGCCCGCAUCGUGCUGGCUCUGCUUGCCUUCUACCUGAUGCCAUGCUGUCCCGUACCAGCUGUGUUCUUCUACCUGCUCAGUGCCCUCCUGGAUGCCUUUGACGGGCACGCCGCCCGCGCCCUCAACCAAGGCACUAAGUUUGGUGCGAUGCUGGACAUGUUGACAGACCGCUGUGCCACCAUGUGUCUCCUGGUCAACCUGGCUCUGCUUUACCCCUCCUACACCUUCCUCUUCCAGAUCAGCAUGAGCCUGGACAUCGCCAGCCACUGGCUGCACCUGCACAGCUCAAUGAUGAAGGGAUCCACCAGCCACAAGGCCAUUGAUCUAUCUGGAAACCCCAUUCUUCGCCUCUACUACACUUCCCGUCCGGUGCUGUUUGUCAUGUGUAUGGGGAAUGAGCUCUUCUUCUGCCUGCUCUACGUCUCCUACUACAUUGAGGAACCCCAUGUGUGGCUGCAGUGGCUGCUUGGUGUCUGUGCCGUGGUGUGUGUGCUGAAGUCUGCCAUCAGCGUUCUGCACCUGAUCACUGCCUCCAGGAACAUGGCUGCCAUCGACGUGUCCGACCGUGAGCGGGAGAGGAGCAAGGCCGAGUGAGAGGGGGAGGGGAGGGGGCUCUUAAUCCCUUGGUACGUGUGUAGAUCUGAGAGGAUGGGUGUAACAGUUUGGGAACCAAUCCACCUUGUCCUCUGAUAGGCUAGGUCCGUCUUUUUUUUUUCCCCUAUGUUUUGCACCGACCCAAUCCUCUCGGAUCUACUUGAAAGCCUCGGGGUUAGAGGUCGAGUUUGGAUAAGGCAAAGAAGAGGGGCAGAGAGAGAGAGAGAGAGAGGGAGGGUGUAGGAGGCUGUAAAUGGGAGCAUCUCAAUAGUCUAAAGUGGCCCUCCUUUCAUCGUGUCCUUCAAUCUGCACUGAUCUGAAAACAAGCGAUUGGUGAAAACAGUAAGGUGGAUGCCUACAAGUCAAUACUGCUUACCCAUCCAGUUAUUUCACAUCAGACGAGAGAAAGGAUUGGAGAUGAGGAGAGGAAGCCACUAGACUAUUGAGAUGCACCCUGUGUCCCAAAAGUCUCAAAUAACCCACUUUUCUUAGUCGCCGCUUGAGCACUGAUAGGAAAGGACAUUGAAAUCAUUGGGUGGGAAAAAACAUUAGUGAUAUCGAAGGGAAGGAGACAAGAAAAUUAAGCAAGGAAAUGAGGAUAUUUGAGAGGAUUGGGACACAGACAGAAAGCAGAGUCAGAGUUGUUCUGUUUGUUGAAUAGAGUUGAAGGUGUGAGAACAAUUGUGUGAUGUAGCAAAGAUGGAGGUAAGCUUAGUCAGGGGACCUUUUUAAAAACCAAACUGAUGAUGGCUAUUUAUUUUAGUUAGAAGAUUGUACCAACUUAAACCUUCUGUUAUCAAGCCUACUUGUAUAGUGUUGUAAGCCUGACAUUAUAACUGGUGUCAAAACUUGAAAAAGUAAACAGUGGUGGUAUAUUUUUGUACGCGAGCAAAUCAUUGCAGGCUUUAAUAUUCACAAGCUAACUAGCCAACACUAAUCACUUUCCACCACACCUUAUUUAGUAGACUUCAUAACCAAGGGUUUGAGCGAUGCGUGUUAUCUUGAAAUAUUCUUUUUUUUUUUAAAGUGGUAACGUCCCAAGUCACUACUAUUGAUGUUUCUAUUAAUAUUUAAAUUCCUAUGUUUUUAUUAUUCUCUGUCGUCAUCAUCAGUAACGAUUUGAAAUCGUUGCACUAGAGAUGUCGUUCACCAUCCGUUCACUUGUUAGCUUGACAAUUGAGUCUUUGCAGCUUUUACUUGACCUUUUUGGUUCUCAUUAUUUCUUCUUUUAUUUGACUGUGGUAAUCAAAGCCAAUGACAUUUUAUUUGACACAUGGACCAAAUACAACAGGUGUAGGUGCUUACCGUGAAAUGUAGAAGUUGCCCAGGCCACAGAUCUAGGAUCAGAUUACACAACCACAACUCUUAACCUUGACCAUCAGGAGGAUAGCAUAUCUGACCCUCAACCAGUGCUUAGUUGCAACUUGUACCAACUGGUAAUGGUAGGGGCGCAACUUUCACUGGGGACAUGUCCCCCCCCCCCCCUCAGGUUUUAUCAUUGGAAUGUGAUUAUAAAACGAGGCAAUGGUGUGCUUUAGGACCAUGCAGGACGCCUCCGAGCGGUCGGGUAGACUGUUUGGAGUGUUUAUCCGACAGAAUCAAAAAAUAUAUAUUAUAAUAAUUGUCGUCGUCCCCCCACUUCUAAAACCAAAGUUGCGCCCCUGGGUAGUGGUGACUGUAGAGGUGGUAUUGGACUUUUACGUUGCAGUGAUGGGCAAGAUGCACACACUUUCUUAGACACGUGCGCACACCUUUUUUUGCAGACACGUGUGUGUAUACACACACACCCACGCGCUUGCCACACACACACACCCACGACACUUGCUUACAGACAUGCAUUCAUCUAUAUUGGGCACAUUCCUUAGCUCAAGUAAAGACCACCUGAGUAUUAUGUUAUUGUUAUAAAUAUUAUUCGACGAGCUUUUCUAUCAUCACUGUGUGACCGUGUGUACUAUAUAUAUAUAUACUGUGGCUGAUCUGUUUUAUCGUCAACCAUUAGAAACUAGGUUUGGAGUGGGGCGACGUUGCUAUCAGCCAGGUGGCGUCAAAGGUCUCUAGUUCAUUUGAGAUUUGAGUUCAACAAGACGUUUGGGAGAAUGUGCUGUGUACUUUGGGUCAUUGCGAAGGUGAGAGGGAGGAGCACAAAAAAACAAAAACCCAAAGCCAUGUAAGACCUACGAUAACCUCUGCAAAUACUUUGUGGGUGUCCGUGUAAGAAAGAUGUUUUUAGGUGUUAUUUCCAUGCAGUGCCUCCGGCUUGCAGAUAUUGUUCAGAAUGUCUUUGUCAACGGUAAUAGAUGGAAAAGGUAAUAAAGAGAUCUUUGAACCAA